GGUAAACCACCACUUUAAGUAAGGAUAAAAAAAUGUUGUUACAUUAGAUUAGACAAGACUAUUUAUUAUACUACCCAUGUACUUUGCUGAAGCUUUGGAGUGGGAAACUACCACACAAAGGUGACAGAACCUGCUCUUACCUGAAGCCUUUUUGUGCACAAAACCCGAAUCUGGAAUCUGGUCAUCCAUAAUAACAUUGUGGUCACUUAAAUGACAGUUAAUGACAUGUCUUCAACAGGCUUUUCCACUUUUAUACCCUCCCUGGACUUUUAGCACAGUUGUAGAUCCGUCCUGCAAACUGACUUACCUGUCAGGAAAAAUGUGACAAAGCAAACACUCCGAUCUGUUUCCAGAAUGACUCUACACUUAACAUCUCUGCUGCUCUCAGCCAUCUUACUGGGUGGAGUUCAAUGUGAGCGUAUCUGUUCCUUUAAUGAUGUGCUACAGAAUGCCAGUCUGGGAAGUAUUCCAGGUGCAGGUCUGCGUCCAGUGAAGGACUGGCGGACAAUAUCACACAUCUAUAUAGACAUAACACUGUACACCAUUGCCAACUUGGACACAGCUACCCAAACACUUACAUCAUUUGUCUGGUUAACUUUGGAAUGGACCAAUGAAUAUAUAUCCUGGAACCCAAAUAACUUCUGUGACAUUAAGGAAUUUAACACUCUGGGAGAAUCACUUUGGAAACCAGACCUAUACAUUUAUCAAAUAACAGAAGUAGAUGAUAAAUCCCCAGUGAUUCCUUACUACACCGUACAUUAUGAUGGCAAAGUCACUUUAUCCAAGCCUUUAAGGAUCCUCAGUUCCUGCGACGUUAAUAUCUAUAAGUUCCCAUUUGACACACAGACUUGCUCUCUGACCUUUGGUUCUUACAUUUACACCGUGAAGGAUAUUCUCAUGCAUCCGAAGUUAAAUUCCUCUGAAGUUGAUGAAAACUCUUUUUUCGCUUUUGUUGGCAAAGGAGACUGGAAUUUAAUUAAUGUUGACGUGUCAGAAUUUGAGUUGACUGAUGGGGACGUAUAUAACAAAGUUGCCUAUAUGAUAACAAUAAAACGGGCCCCUGUUGUUUAUGUGAUUAAUAUCAUAAUACCAGCUUGUUUCAUGGUUCUCCUGGAUAUUGCCAGCAUGUUCAUACCGGUGGGCUCUGGAGAAAGGCUCGGAUUCAAAAUAACUGUAGUUCUGGGGUUCUCUGUGCUCUUGCUGAUCUUAAAUGGUAUGGUGCCUAGUUCUGACAGCCCCCCUAUUCUAGGUAUAUUCUGCGUUGUUUGUCUGUCUGUUAUGGUGUUCAGCAUAAUUGGUUCCAUUUUAACCAACUACAUGAUGACAUUGUCAGACACGCAGCCAAAUGUCCCUAACUGGGUAAAGACUUGGAUCCUAAAACGUUUAUCGCGUGUCCUGCUUUUUAAUUGGCACAAAGAUGAGAAAGAUCUUGUAGUCUCAAUAGACACAGAUCCGAAUGUUGGGAACACAAAUAACCGGCCUGACAUGGAGCUUCAAAAGAAAACAGAAGAAUCAGACAAAGAGAUUAAAGUAAAUCUGGAAGUGAGAUUAUUAAAAAGAUUGUUGGAUGUGGUUCUGAAGAUUCACAAAGACCUGAAUUUGUCCAAGAAUGAGCAGGAUGCCAAAUCAGAGUGGUACCUGGCUGCUCUUGUAGUGGAUAGGCUGAUGCUAAUUUUGUACUUAAUUAUUAUUAUCAUAAUAUUCUCUAUUCUUAUUAUUGUUUGGGCAACAUAAACGGUAUAUAUAUAUAUAUAUAUAUAUAUAUAUAUAUAUAUAUAUAUA